AUGUUGAAGGGGCCGGUCUGCAUCGUGCCGCAGUGGAAGGAGCUCAAAUACCAACUUCAGGACAAGCUAGAACUCCAGCGGGGCCUGCCGGAGCCGAGCGAGGGCUCCCACAUCCGGCUGAGCGACAGGCCCAGCAUCGUCUUCCGGGAGAGCUGCUUCCCCAACUGCAUGCCGAUCAUCUGCUUCUACACGAGCGACGUGGAGCACUACUUCGCGUCCUUCAGCUGGAGGAGGGCCAAGGGAAGCAAGGUGCGUGCCUGGGUGUACCGGGAGGAGGAGGAGCCGCCGGUGACAGAGAAAGUCUACGCCAUAGAUGAGGACCCCAUGGUGCUCGCCAUCACCCACGCCCCCCGCCUGCACCUCUUCGUGGCCUACUGCGACGACGUCCACUUCCGCUUCUUCGCGGACCACACCCGGGACUUCAAGCUGCUCCUGGACAGCCGCUCACCCUAUUCGAUCACCAGCAUGUGCUUCAACCCGGCCACCGGCGAGCUGGUGACCGGCGCCAUCGGCACGGUCAUCUUCUGGUCCUUGGCCACGGAGGAGGGCCUGUCCAUGGGGGUGGCGCAGGAGGUGCCCAUCGCCAGCGGGGAGUUCGUGCACGCCCUGAGCCUCGAGCAGGAGCAGAAGGUGCUGCUGGCCCUGUGCGAGAACGUCAUCCGCGUGUAUGACUCCCACAGCAGGGCCCUGAUCCGUGCUUUCCAGGUGAGCCAGGGUGUGUCCCUCACGUGCUGCUCGGCCAACUGGUCCCAGAGCUUCCUCUACACUGGAGACCUCGCCGGGGAUGUCAAGGUGUGGAACUUCGGCACGGGGGGGCAGGUCAGCCAGUUCAAGGCCCACCUGAGUGCCAUCACCAGCAUCAUCAGCCGGAUCCCGGUGCACACCCUCAUGACGGCCUCGCUGGACGGCCUGCUGAAGGAGUGGAACGUGACGACCUGCGAGUUGCUCCGGCGCGUGGACAUCGGCGAGGAGGUCUUCCAGAUGCAGUUCAUCACCGAGCAGACCUUCUUCCUCCGCACCCAGUUCACCUUCACCAUCCGCACGGUGAACAACUUCUACCAGCUCUUCAACAGGACCAAAUCGAUGCUGAAGGGCCUGGUGCGGGUGCAGUGUGGGCCCGAGAGAGCCCGCAUCCUGGCCACCACGGAGGACGGCGUCGUCCGGUUCCUCUCUCCCAUCACUGGGGAAAUGCUGUUCAUCACCUGGCCCUUCCAGUUGCUGGAAAAGGCCCUGGACACCGUUUACGACCCGGACCGGGAGGAGCUGCUGGUGACGAUGGGCACCACCGACAUCUACGCCCUGGACACGUCCAAGAACCCCUGCCCGGUCAAGUACAUCCUGCGCGCUGCGGACAGCGUGGAGGACAAGGUGCUCUGCCUGGCCUACAGCCGCCUGGACCUGGAGGGCCGCACCUCCAGCUUCAUCUUCAGCGGCUUCAAGAGUGGGAGGGUGCGCACGGUCACCCAGCAGCUGUACCGUAUGGGCAGCCGCAAGCUGCACGACGGCAACGUGGUGGCGCUCAGCAGCAUCUCGGCGGCGGGGAGCCCGUCGCCCCACACGUGGGAGUCCUCCUACCUGUGCUCUUACGGCCUCGACGAAUACAUCAUCCUCUCCAACGUCGUCCUGAAGAAGAACCGCCUCCUCGAGGUGGUCCCCCUCGUGGCCAUCGCCAGCACCAACUGCCGGAUCCACCGCCUCCUGCUCAUCCCCGGCUACAUCUGUGUCCUGACGGAGCAGAACCGGGUCCGGCUGUGGCGCCACGGGGCCCUGGUCCCCGGCAAGAAGAACCCCUUCUGGAAGGAGACGGCGACGCUGCACCCCACCAGCAUCACCUCCUUCGACUACUGCCACCCGCUGGGCAUGCUGGUGACCGGCGGCUCGGAUGGCUCUGUGCGCAUCUGGGACAUCCUGGGGCAGCUGCUGGUGGAGUUCGACACGAGCCUCAAGUUCAGCCGCGUCUGCUUCGCCAACCAGCGCGGCGACCUGGUCGUGGGCUGCAACAUGAACAUCUUCUUCAUCUCGUGCGUGACGUACCUCCCCAGCAAGCAGCUCGGCACGCUGCUGGCCCAGCGCGUGCGAGACGACGCGGUGGAGCUCCCGCUGCCCUUCGUGUCGCGCUUCCUCCUCUCCUUUGACAUCGUCUUUGUGCCCAAGUACCGGCAAGUGGGCAAGCUGGCGAAGAAGUACGAGCGGCUGGAGCCCAUCGCCAACCACAAGGAGGUGGUGCUGGAGAAGGGCGUGGCCAGGGUGGCGGAGCUCUUCGGCAAGGACGCGAGCCGCCUGCCCGGCCCAGACUUCUACGGGGAGGAACCGGCCACCAAAGAGGUGCACCCGGAGUUCGCCCUGGAGUACGAGCUCAUCCAGCAGCACCGGCCCCCGGAGAAGAAGCCCGCUGCACCGCCCCUGGCGCCACCGCCCUACCGCGGCCUCCCGCCCCUGACUGACGUCCCGCUGCUGCGCAGGAUCCCCUUCCAGCCCGGGCGCUCCUGGCCCAUCGCCCCCGACGGCUACGUCCCCAACUCCGUGGUCCGGGCCCGGCUGUUCCCAAAGGGGACGCCCGAGGCCCUGCGGUGCUCGCUGCUGCAGAGCAGGGACCCCUUGCCGAAGCGGAGGGUGAUCAAAAUCCAGCUGCCAGAGGGGGACACCUCGGAGGCCGCCGAGAAGGCCCGCAAGAAGAAGGCGCACAAGAUGCGGCACGGGACGUCCUCGGCGGAAGGGCCCCGCCGGGGCGACCUGCUGUCCGACCUGGUGGCGAAGCCGUGGCUGCGGCACAAGCCCAGCGACACCACCCUGCCCAGCGUCGUGGAGGCGCUGCUGAGCCUGAUGGACGACGUGCCGUACUCCAGCUACGUGCUCUGCACCUCGGCCCUCGUCCAGCUCGCCGAGGCCUACGCGCUGCCCAGCGCGGUCCAGGAGCGGGCCUUCGACCGCCUCAUCCUGGACACCACCCACAAGGAGGUGAGGAUGAGGCUGGCCGCCUGGGAGGCCCUGGGGAAGAUGGACCUGCUGACGGAGCAGGAGGUGGUGCCGCUGGCCCGGGCCCUGCUGGACGACAACAAGAAGGUGCGCGACUUGGCCCGGACCGAGCCGAAGCGCGUGCUCGAGAGCAGGUUCCCCCGCCGGGUGCGCGCGGCGGGCAUCAUCGCGGAGUCGCAGGACGAGGCGGUGUACGCGCUGACCGAGGGCGCCGAGCGGCUGCUGUCCCGCGUGGAGAACCAGCUGACGGCCAACCUGUUCCUCAUGUCCGAGUGUCCGCGGGCGGGGGCGCAGCCCGCCGUGCGCCCGCCGCUUUCCCGGCGCAAGGGCAUCGCCGAGGGCACGCCCGACGAGUUCGCCAAGCCCGACGACCACCUGGCGGCGCAGGCCCGCUGGCUGGGGCUCUUCGCCCACGCCGACAGGGCGCCCCCGCAGGCCUCCACCACUUCCUUGGAAGCCAUUGGGCCACAGGCAGAGGAGAAGCUCCCUCGGAUCCAGAAGGCACGAGGCAAGGCCAUCGUCAUGGCGGCGCCGGGCGGCGUGGCCUCGCCGGAGAGCGCCUCCGGCAGCAGCAGCGGCAGUGGCAGCAGCGGCAGUGGCAGCACCAGCGGCAGCACCAGCGGCAGCACCAGCGGCAGCAGCGUCUCCUUGUGGCGGGAAGUGCGGCGGGCCAGGAGGGAGCACAAGGCCCGGGAGAAGCGGCCGGGCCCCAAGCUGCUGCCCGUCGUUUCCCAGGAGGCGCCAAAGCCAGUCCGGCCGCGCAAGCAGGCCCAGCCUGUCCUCCUGCAGCGGCGCGACACCCGCACGCAGCUCUACGUGGAGGUGCUGAAGCGGCAGAAGGUCAAGAAGGAGGAGCAGGUGGCUGCGCUCCCGGUGGAAGCCAAGCGGGAAAGCGGCGUCCUGCAGGCCAGGCCCAGUCAGCCGUCGCCCGCCAAGCUGCCCUCCGUGGCCACCAAGGGCAGCAUCAUCGACCCCGACCAGCAGUACAGCGCCGACAAGUCCAAGUGGCGCAGCGACCUCUACCAGCUGCUGAUGCUGCGCAUCGCCCCCCCCGCCGAGGGCCGCACCGCAGCCGAGGACUUGCUGGCCUCGGCCCGCGUUGCCCUGGCCAGACGGGCCGUGUCCUGGGAGGCCCUCCUGGCCCUCGGCCAGGCCCUCCCCACCCUCCAGGAGGAAGUCACCCUGGAGGAGGCAGGGCGGGCGAGGCACGUGGAGGACUGGCUGAAGGCCUCCUCCCAGGAGCCGCAGCCGCCGCCGUUGGAGGAAAGCGUGGAGGCGGUGCUCGCCGUGAGGACGGAGGAGGACGUGCCGGGCCGCUCGGGGAGCGAGGCCGAGCGCAGCGACCUGAGUCGGGAGGGCUCUUCCGAGGUGGAAAGCGCGGCUUCUGGAAAGCGGGUCCCUGGGGAGAAAAGGGGGCCCAAGGAGAGGGAAAGGGCAGGCAAGCGGAGGCACCUGCUCUCCAAGAGAGAGAAGGUGGGGCGGGUGGGCGUGAGGGCAGAGGCGGCGGCGGGGAGGGGAGGGGCCAAGCACGAGCCGGAGGCACCGGAAGGCUGGGAGCAAGCACCCUCGGCUCUGGGGCAGGACCAGCAGGCAGCCGGCCAGAAGGACAGGGAGGCAGCCGGGGGCAGCGACAGGGAGGGGGCCCGGGGAAAGGGGCGCCUGGGGUCCUGGGGGAGAGAGCGCCGGGAGGCCAAGCCACUUGCGUGGGAAAGGGCCAGCAAGAAAUUGAGAGUGGCCCAGAGGAAAGUGGCCCAGCCAGCUGCCCAGGCCAGGGAGGUGGCCGAGGGCAUGGAGGAGCGGCGGGCCCCGGUGCGACGGCUGCAGCAGGAGGUCCUGAUCACUGGGCCGGAGGGGGUGCUGGCCCGUGUGUCGGAGCACUCCCUGGCUGAGCUGCGGGCCGAGGCCAAGGAGCUCUUGCUGGCCGAGCUGAAGGAGAGGGCCCUGGUGGAGGUCCAAGAGGCGACCCUGAAGGAGGCCAUGGCCGUGGCCAUGGCCGAGGCCAGGGAGACAGUGGUGGCAGAGGCGCGGGAGAAGGCGCUGCUCACCGCACGGGAGAAGGCGCUGACCGAGGCGUGGGAGAAGGCGCUGGCCAAGGCGCGGAAGAUGGUCCAUGCGGAGGUGAUGCAGGGGGCUCUGGCCGAGGCCCGGGAGGUGCUCCUAGCCGAGGGGAAGGAAGGGGAUGCCAGCGAGGAAAGAAUCCAGGCCCUGGCGGAGGCCAGGGCCGUCGAGCUGGUGGAGGCGAGGGCGAUGGAGCUGGCCAUGGCCAUGUCCCUGCACAUAGAUGAGGACAGAGUGUUGCAGCUGGCCGAGGCAGAAGCCGUGGAGGUGGAUGAGGCAAAAGUCCUCGAGCUGUCCCAGGCAAGGGCCAUGGAGCUGGUCCAGGCAUACGCCGCAGAACUGGCUCAGGAAAGACUGAAGGAGAUGUCUGAGGAAGAUAUGAGCGAGCGGGUUGAGGCCAAACUGAAAGAUCUGCUCCUGGAGCAUGGGAGAAAGGCUCGCAGGAGAAGGAGACUCAUCGCGGAGGGAGAGUUGGAGGCUGAGCUGGAGGCUGAGCUGCAGGCUGAGCUGCAGGCAGAGCUGCAGGCUGAGCUGGAGGCAGAGCUGGAGGCAGGCCUGUGGGAAGACCUGUGGGAGGAGAGCCCUUGGUUCCCCACCGGGGAAGAAAGCGAGGCAUUGAUCGCCCUGUGGGAGAAUGAACCUACCCCUGGGCCAGAGCUUGAGCUUCCGGAACGCGCUCAGUUGCUCCUGGAAAUCCUGACCGAGCCGGAGAAGCUGGAGAGCAGCGAUUCCAAGACAUUUCAGCGCCUCUCCCAAGUGGUGUCCUUGCUUCAGGUCACCUCCGCGACGGAUGCCAAGGCCCUGGCCAAGGCCCUGGUGGAGCAGGCGGAGCUGGUCGUGGCAGAAGGGGAGCUGCAGGAGCUCUUGCCGGAAGCCUGUGUCACCAUCUUGGCAGAGCUCAAGGAGAUGCUGCAGCGCCAGCGAUCUGGGGCGGCCGGCUCCCCGCCGCUCGCAGCCAGGGUCAGGAGCCUGCUGGAAAACGCCCAGACCAUGCUGCGGGCCAAGGCCCUGAAGCAGAAACUGGAGAGAGAGGCCUCGAAGCAAAGCUGGGAGGAAGAGGCCAAGGCGGAGUGGGUGGAGGAGGGGGGGGAAAGGGCGGACAAGAGGCUCUGGCUGAACACGAAGAUCAUGGAGACCCUCAGGAGGUGGCAGACCGACGUCGAGAAGGCCCAGGAGCAGAAGCUGCUGCUGCAGCAGAAGCGGCUCCAGUACAAGUCACGGAUCAUCCCGCUGGACGAGGCUGAGAAAAGGAUGCAAAGAGGGAGGGAGAAGGUGGGCAGGGAGGAGCAGCGGCAGAAGCAGAAGUGGGCGAAACUGCCGGCUGCGCGCGAGUCAGGCAGGCUGAUGUGGUUCAUGGGCCAGCCGCGCGCGAGGGCCUGGAAGGCCAUCAUACAGAUGGACCAGGACCUGCCUCCGGCCCUGGAGGACCAGUUCCAGAGGCCCCGGCUGAGGGGCUACCGGCUGGCAAAGGACUUCCUGUACAAGACCACCAAGCCAGCGGGGCUCCUGCAUCGCAACAGGUUCCGGCGGGGCGGCCGGCAGCACGUCUUCCGCCUGGAGGACGACAAAGGGAUCGACUGGGAGAGGUUCAUAAAGCUCUUCCAGACGCUCAUGCAGCUGAAGGAGGUGGAGGGGGGCAUGGAUUCGGCCGCGUGGCACGAGCGCUCCUCCCGGCUGCUGGACCUCUACGGCGUGAGCAACCCCCUCUGGACGGCGGUCUUUGACUACGAGGCGGCAGCAGAGGAGGAGCUCACCCUGCGGCGGGGCGACCUGGUGGAGGUGCUCUCCCAGGACGCCUCCGUCUCCGGGGACGAGGGCUGGUGGACCGGGAAGCUGCAGGACAAGGUGGGCGUCUUCCCGAGCAACUACGUGGCCAGCAAGCCCACCUAUGCCCAGGUGCAGGGCUCCCUGGAGGGCGCGCUCCCCCCGGAGGUCUCCUUCCAGGAGCUGGAGCUGGAAGAGAUCAUCGGCGUGGGCGGGUUUGGGAAGGUGUACAAGGGCCUGUGGCGAGGGGAGGAGGUGGCGGUGAAGGCCACCCGCCAGGACCCCGAGGAGGACGUCGCGGUGACUGCAGCGAACGUGCGGCAGGAGGCCCGGCUCUUCGCCAUGCUGCGCCACCCCAACAUCAUCGCGCUGCGGGCCGUCUGCCUCGUGCCCCCCAAUCUGUGCCUGGUGAUGGAGUACGCCCGGGGUGGGGCGCUCAGCCGGGUGCUGGCGGGCAAGAAGGUGCCCCCGCACGUGCUGGUCAACUGGGCCGUGCAGGUCGCGCGGGGCAUGAACUACCUGCACAAUGAGGCCGUGGUCUCCAUCAUCCACCGGGACCUCAAGUCCAUCAACAUCCUCAUCCUGGAGCGCAUCGAGAACGAGGACCUGAGUGGCCGGACCCUCAAGAUAACCGACUUCGGCCUGGCACGGGAGUGGCACAAGACCACCAAGAUGAGCGCAGCCGGCACCUACGCCUGGAUGGCCCCGGAGGUCAUCAAGCACUCGCUCUUCUCCAAGAGCAGCGACGUGUGGAGCUUUGGGGUGCUGCUGUGGGAGCUGCUGACCGGAGAGGUGCCAUAUCGCGAGAUCGACGCACUUGCCGUGGCCUAUGGUGUGGCCAUGAACAAGCUGGCGCUGCCGGUGCCCUCCACGUGCCCCGAACCCUUUGCCCACCUGCUGGAGGAAUGCUGGAGCCCGGAGCCCCAUGCCCGGCCGGACUUCCGCUGCAUCCUGCGGCGGCUGGUGGCCAUCGAGCAGUCGGCCAUGUUCCAGAUGCCGCUGGAGUCCUUCCACUCGCUGCAGCAGGACUGGAAGGCAGAGAUUGCGGCCAUGUUCCACGACCUGCGCACCAAGGAGAAGGAGCUGCGCAGCCGCGAGGAGGAGCUGCUGCGGGCGGCCCGGGAGCAGAAGAGCCAGGAGGCCGAGCUGCGCCGGAGGGAGCAGGAGCUGGCGCAGCGCGAGAUCGACAUUGUGGAGCGCGAGCUGCACCUCAUCAUGGCGCAGAUGGGGCAGGAGAAGCCGCGCGUCAGGAAGCGGAAGGGGCACUUCCGGCGCUCCCGCCUCAAGCUGCGCGACGGCAACCGCAUCAGCCUCCCCUCAGGCUUCGAGCACAAGAUCACGGUGCAGGUGUCGCCCACGCUCGACCGACGGAAAGGGCUGGGCUCCGACGGUGCCAGCCCGCCCGGCAGCCCCGGCAUCAUCCCCCGCCUGCGUGCCAUCCGCCUGACCCCCUUGGACGGGAGCCAGACCUGGGGCCGCACCGCCGUGGCCACGCGGGAGGAGCUGGUGGGCCCCAAGAAGAAGGGCCGGACGUGGGGGCCCAGCUCCACCGUCCACAAGGAGCGAUUCGGCGGGGAGGAGAGGUUGAAGUCCCUGGCCGAGGGCAGCAAGCAGUGGUCCUCCAGCGCCCCCAACCUGGGCAAGUCCCCGAAGCACGUGCCGCUGGCGGUGGGCUUCGCCAGCCUCACGGAGAUGGAGGAGUUCGCCGAGCGGGGAAGCAGCACGCCGCAGUCGCCCGACUUCCCCCUCCUCCCACCGGGAGCAGCAGCAGAGGCCAGCGGGCCUGGGGGACCCCCUGCCGCCGAGGGGCCCAGGCGGGGCCCGGCCCCCUCCCACCGGCGCAGCGAGCUGGUGCUCCUGAGCUGCGCGUCCAUCCUGGCCUCCAUCGCCCUGGGCGUGGAGCUGGUGGAGCUGGUGGGAAGGGGGGUGCAGCCCCAGGGGCCCCCCUCCGGGCCCCCCAGCUCCGCCACGCUCCUGUCACUCUCGUCCCUCUCCGACUGCAACUCCACCAAGUCCCUCCUGCCCUCGGACAGCGACGAGGCCCCCGCCUACGAGAGCCUGGCCCCCGCCCCCUGCCCCAACGCGCUGGUGGACGUCACCGCCGAGAGCUUCAAGAGGGACCCCCGGCAGUCGCUCACCCCAACGCACGUCAGCGCCGUGCAGGCCGUCCCCCGGGGGCACCGUCGGACGCCGUCGGACGGGGCCCUCCAGCAGAGCCCGCAGGGGCCCGGCUGCCUGGGCUCGCGGGAGGUGCUGCCCUUCGCCCCCUCCUUCCUUGCCUCCCGCGCCCACCCCCAGGGGGCGGAGCGGCCCACCCUGAGCGCCGUGCUGGUGGAGCGCCCGCGGACCCUCGCCUUCGCGGCCCGUCCGCGCCCGUCCGCAGGCCGCCAUCGCAUCGACCCCUGGAAGCUCGUCUCGCUGGGCCGGGCACCGGGAGGCGCUUCUUCGCCGGGCGAGGCCCCCCCACGGGCGCCGUCCUUGCGUCAGACCCUCCUGGACGUGGACAUGGAGGGCCAGGCCCGGGACAGCACCGUGCCCCUGUGCGGGGCGCGGAACCCCUGCUGCCGCCUCGAGGCGGACGUGUCCCACUGA